AUGGCAACCACAGCUUCAGAAACAGAGAGUAGCUUUGGGGUUAGUGGAAGGGUUAGUGGAGCUGGCGGUCGUUCAAGUAGUAAAGUACAAAACAUACAAAGAAAUUUGUAUCACUUUCUAAAAAAGCUAAUUAACUUGAUUCAGGAUAAUACAGAAUCUAAGGUGAUCACUCAAAUCGAAAAUGAAGUUAAUGCAGAACUGCACAAAGUACAUAAUGUAGAUAUUAUAGAACUUGAAUUGCCACGUAUAAAGGCCAAGGGCAAAAAAUGUGACAAAAUUUUUGAAGCGAUUCAUAAUAUUUUUAAUGCUGAAAUUGUUGACAAUAAAUUAUUUAUCAAAUUUAAUGGAAGAAUUAAAUCAGAAGCACAUAAGAAAUUGUAUCAACCUGAUAUGGGUGGUUGGAACCCUAAACCAGCACUUAAUCAAAGAAUUUUUUCCAUAAUUAAUCCAUGCCCACCACCAUUGCUAUGGAUCAAGAUGACCUAUGAUAAUUCUGGGGAUUAUGAUAAUAUUAUAAAUAAAUUCGCACGUGUUCAACCCACUGUCCGACCACAGAAUUUGCAAUCAUUGUUGUUCCGACUACUGAAACCCUCUUUCCAAAUUCAAAUCCAAGUGUUGGUUCAGUUGCAACAAUACCCAAAACAGCUUGUCUAUCUCGUGCUCUAUAUCUUGGCUAUUUGUCCAUAG